AUGUUAUUACUUUUACAGAAAGCGAAGAAUUUGGAGAAGAAAAAAACCGAUUUACUUCAAAAAGAAGCUAAACAUCAACAAAAUGAAAAUAUAUUGAGUAAACAUACCAGGAUGUUGGAGAAUCGCAAGAAACUUUAUGAUUUACUUCCUGACUGGCCCGACUCAGAUUCAAAUGAAUCAAGUGAUCUUUCGUCUGACCAGAGUAAAGGCGAUGAACUUAAUUCUGAACUGAACAGUUCUCUAGAUGAAAAUAGAAGAAAGGAAACCCCCAGAGUUCUUUCACCGUUUCAACAACAACUUGUACCUUCAUUAUCGGAAGAUAAUGAAUGUUGUUCUUCAAGACAACAAGAAAAUCCGAAAUUGCAAAACAAAAGACCAAAACUGGUAUUAGACCAUAUUUAUAUUAUACUAAUUACACCAGUAACAAUACUUUAUCAAUUUGAAAAAUUAUAA